AUGGACUUGUCUACCCUGGGAUCAACACUACCACCUGGACUGGCGGAUGCAGAGAGAGAUAUGGGCGAUAAAUUCAGAGCCGCUGCAUUGAGCAUAACAAACCUAUAUAAGAGCUCACUGGGAUACACCAAGCAAGCAUACAAUGUUGGAUAUUCAGCUGCAUUAGCCGAUGUCCUUUCCACAGUACAAUCGUCAAUUGGAGCAGGUCAGAAUGCGGAACAAACGUUAUCCAGAAUGAUGGACUGGGCAGAUGCAAGACAAGCUGCUAUAUCGGCAUUCGCAGCUGAAGAUACAGAUGAUAUACCACCACCCAUUUCCAAACGACCACAACUACAUACAACUGCGAAAUCUACCUUGGGAUCAGGGACGAAUCAUCUCAACGCUCCCAAUCGACCUUCAUCAGCUCCUGUAGGCGCCGCCUCCUCAACUUCCUUUCCUGUAGCUACUUCAACAAGUAAGUUGAGAGAUCAAAGUCCGAUCCCUGAUUCCUCCGCUUCCUCAUCAAAAUACAUCCCAAAUUUACCCACACAAUCAACAUCAACAAUGACCGCGACGACACAAUCAACACCUAAUACAAUCGAUUCACCAUUAUAUCAACCCACACCAAUGGGAAUAAUGUCUUCUUCACCUAUGGCUUCACCGUCAAAUCGACCCAUGUUCAAUCCCUUACCUUCCAAACCAUCUAAAGGAUUACCUAAUAGAAUGAAUCACAAUCAAUCGGGACCGUCUUCAUCCUCGAAUGCCAGCGGAUCAAACCUACCAAGUACCUUACCUAGCACGACAUUCAAUCCUUCAAUCCCAUCAGCAGGUGUUCCAUUCGUUUCUUUCACUCAACCAAAUUCAAAUUCAGCCGAUGUUCCAGCACAAAACUAUCCUACUGGUACGAAGAGGCCAAUGCUUGAUUCGAUGGAAGUGGACCAAUUACCAAUACAACCUACAACGAAUCAAGUACAAGCUCAAACCCCAACGAAUAACAGAUCAGGUAGAGCAUCAAAGAGGAGAAGUAUGGGAAAUGCAUUGAACACAAAGAACGACGAUGUAGAAGAAAAGGAUAAAGACAAAGACAGGGAUAGAGAUAGGGAAAGGAGGAAAGGUUCAAGAAGGCAUGGGAACGGUGCUGGUGCAGGAGCUGUGUAG